AUGUUUCCAGAGAUGAGCCGGUUUCAGGCGGGGUGGAGAUGCCGUGGAAUCCGGAUCCUGAUGGUCAUCGAGAGCUGCCGACGCCUGGUUGGUGAAGAGCUGACGGCGUAUCAUUCUGCACGAGCACGCGCCGCCUAUGGAAAGCGCCACCUGCUGCCUUGCAUGCAAGCCAUGAGGCGAAAAUUCACACAUGUGGAGGAGAAGCCGAAGAAGGAAGAGAAGAAGGCGGUUCGAAUUGUCUCCUUGAGAAGCGAGGGAAAGCUCGUCGGACGGCAAGUAAAACUGGACAUGUUCGGGGAGCAGAAGAAGUCCUCCGCACAGAAGAAGGUCAAGAUUUCAGGUGGAAUUGAGGCUUUCGGUUGCAGCCAUGGCGUAGCCCUCGAUCCUGAAGCCUCCAACCCUAUGGAGGAAUUCCGUGGAAAGGAAGAAGAGGAAGAGCAACCCUCAACAGUCCAGUUCUGCCCGCCCGAGCUGGCAACCGUCGGGGGUGCGGACUGGGAUGCCGCCCGCAUGGCCUGGGUGGCCCGACAGCUGGGAAGGGAAGCGCCGCAGCUCCUGCUCGCGCUUUCCUCGGAGUCCACAACGCCAUCCUACGACGUCGUCUUCCUUCGAAGCGUUAUCGACAGCAUUGACAAGCCUGUGCGGUUGGGCGGCAUCUUGGAGCGCGCAGCACUGGACACCCUUCGCAGAACAGGGCAUCAGCAGAGGCCCGUGAUCCUGUCCUUGGGUGGCGAUGCCAGUACGGAGGACCUUCGCGACAGCGUCCUAGCCUCUAGGCUCAAGCCUCUUUGCAAAAUCGGCUGGGUGCAACGAAGAACGUCGCAGCUCAUACUCCCCAAAACGCUCAGUGAGCACACCAGGAAAGCACCUGCGGUAGCUUGUGCCACCGAAGUGAAGAGAAAGGUUGUGCGAGAUCUCUCAUGGCUCAUUCGAGCCCCUCCAGUGCUUUCCGACGAGGCCGGCAUGGAGCUUUUGCGUCUUCCAGACUCCGCAGACCAGGCCACAGCUGAUUGGCUGGCAUCUCUGGACAAGAAUCCGAAGCCCCUUCUUCAGAACCUGGAAGCGCAGUCGGGUGUGAAGCGGCUUGGUUUCUAUGCUGCAGCCCUGACGCAGUUUUGGUUGGAGGAGGGCCCGGGCUGGAACACCCAGCGAACUUUGUCGGCCGUUCAACUCAGCAGCGGGACGAACUCGAGGCAGACGGCUGGGCAGCUGAAGUUGGUCUGCUUGCGUCCUCGCGAAGCUCUUCACGUGGAGUCCUCCGUCAAGUUCUUCGCUGAUGCCUCCGAUGCAGAACCGAAGCUCAAAUCCUGCGCAAGCUCCUAUGUGGGUCCUUUCCUGCAUGAGAACUUGGCUUGGCGGCUGGCGGAGGCGAGGAGAAAAAUCACCUGCACGAGAAGUUCGUCUGUGCAGGAAUAUCUGCAGAAGGAGUUUGGAGACGUCUCGGUUCGGUCUGUGUACUUCCUCAAAGGCUACAUCUUCAAGCCCCUGGAAGAGUUCUGGGCCAUCGGCCGCCCCUUGCGAGAUCCUCCGGCUGAAGUCAAUGCCGCUUGUGCGACAGGAUGGUACACCACGCAGGUCUCUGAAGCCAUGAAGGCAGUCUCGCCUGGUGCGCGCCUGGCUGUGCUCCCCAAGCUUUUCUGGCUCAGUCCUGCAGUGGCUUCAGGCAGUCCACCCGUGAUCUUGGGAGACGAGCUGCCAGGACAGCAGGAUGCCGUACCGACAGACCUGCCGGAUAAAGUACGGCAAGACGUGGAGGAGCACUUUCGCAGCGUGGAUACUGCGCUCCUGCUCUGUGAACUCCUUCCUGUCGAGGGCCUUUGGGUAGAGAACUCCCGUGGCUUCAUCCUGCCUUCCGUUUGGGAUCCCAAGACGCUAAUGACGGGAGGGCCUCAGGGCAUGAAGAACUCCGGGGAAGGUCAGGGCCAGCAAGUCAGUGAGCCCAGCAAGUGGUCGAACCAAAGACGGAAGUAUUCAGAACGUCUAGCAGACACAGCUCGACAACUUGCCCCAAGCCUGGAAAGUGCCGGGGUUCAUGCGACGGUGCCGCAGCGAUUGAGCGAGGAGCUCACCCAUGAUCAUCUUAAGGACUACGUGCUCUUCGCAAAGGAGCGGCGGCGAAGUGCCGACCCGUCUCGGUUCCAGCGCCGGCUUUCUCUGCGCACAGCGCUGGAAUCGGCUGAAGCUUCUGAGCCCGGGAAGGUUUGCAAACUGGUCGCAGCUGCCUUGGGCCUCCUGCUGAAAGAGGCGCAGCGAAGUGAUGGACACUUCAUUCUUGAGUUGCUUGUCAAGCCCUCCGAACAGGGGCUGGUCCCGUCUGCCUGCUCUGUGACGUUCCGUGCAGAUAGUGAUUCCAUGGAGGAAGUGAUGACAUUGGGGCUUUCUGGAGGAUUGUGCUUGCGGCUCGCGGUGAAAUUUGCGGCGCGAUUCAGCUUCACGCCGCGACGUCUCUCUCGUGAUAAGGUUCUGUCCCUGUUUGCAGAAGCCAUUGCCUCGUCUGAUCGUUCUCGAUUGGCUGGACUGGUUGAAUAUCUGGCAGCAAGCUCAUCCCUGGAACUUGACGAGACAUUCCCUUUGGAGGACAUAGCAUGCAAGUUGACCAUGCCACCGGCAGAUGGUACGAUCUUGGACCUUGUCUGCCAGCAUGUUCCCAGCUUGUGCCAGAAGCUGUCCGCAAUGCUCACCUCUACGGGUCAGCUGAAGCUCGCCAGAAAGAUCGAGGUACGUCGACUACGUGGCUACACAGAGGACGCCGGAAAUCGGGAGCCUCCUUCAGACACUUUGGUGGCUCUACCAAACCUCUGCUUGCCGCCCUCGGUUCGCAUCCAACUAGUUGCAGAUGCGAGUGGUCUGGAUGAGUUGCAAGGCCGUCUUGAACUUGGUGGAGUCAUUGGCUUGGAUGCCGAGUGGAAACCCUGGGAUGAGAGUUCACCAAGUCGCGCCCGCUCCCGAAGGGGACAAGUGGCGAACCCUGUCCAAUUACUCCAGUUGGCAUGGGCCGACACGGCUUAUGUGCUGGACAUACCCUCGCUGUUGGCCGCGGCCGAGGAGGAGCUUGCGCACUUAUUACAGCGCUUGCUUCGACCCAAAGAAGGCGAAGCAGGCCACAUCUUGGUCGGUUUCGGGCUGGAAUGUGACAUCCGAAGGAUGGCAGACUCCUACCCAUGGUUAAUGUCUCGAUGCUACGGCGGCAAUUUUCCUUUCCUUGAGAUGCAAGACCUUGCACGUAGCGUGGCGCCCAACUCCUCGCUGGACUACCUCUGUGCGGUGCGACUGGGUCUUUCCCUUGACAAAACAUUGCAGUGCAGCAAUUGGGAACUGCGACCCCUGCCGGAUCCCCACAUACAGUACGCGGCCUUGGAUGCAUGGGUUUUACUUGCCCUUCUGGGCCAUUUUCUGCAGCAAGACCGUGGCAUGGAGAAGGCAGAACUUUGUGAGCUCGCCAGGGUGUCCGUCUCCUCGGCCGCAACGUUCUCUCAUUCUGGGCUUGCCCUUGGAUCAGGCGUUUGUGCAACUGCAAUGGCCUUGCGAGAGCUGGGCGUGGCUGAUGACUCGAUUCUGUUUUGGGGGGAUGGCUGCUUCGAUGACGUGCAAGUUUGCAAGACGCUCGCGUGUUUAGCUGUUGACUCUUCAGGUCAAUCGCACUUCUGCUUGGCGGUCUUUGCUGACGGUUCGGCGAGCCUGAGUAUGCCGCGGCUUGCACAAGCGAUGGACUGCACCUCUGCACGACUCGUGACGGGCGAGGAACUGCGUGAACACUUCAGGCAGCCCCGCGGAUGUGUUGGGCCGGUGGGCCCAGCAAUUCUAGAGCAACCACCGGCGCGUGUGGUGCUUGACGACGGCCUGUCGACAACGUGCAAACUCUCCUGUGGUGGUGGAUCUCCGCAGUGGCAUUUGCUGGCGACGCAGCAGCAGAUCCUAGAUUGGACGCGGGCCCGGGUGGCUGCGAUCCGAGACUUGACAGCUAGCUGA